AUGCACUUCACGACGCCAAGCCUCCUCGCAAUCCUCCUCUCAACGGGAUCCUCCCUCCCGACCCCCAAAGACGCCAAGUUCUUCACCCCUAACGCCUUGGACCCGUCCGUUACCGACCUGGGCCAGCACACGGGCCGCAUCGGCGUCGACCGCGUCGACCUCAACAGCCUGCGCGUCGACCCCGUCCGCGUGCUCGGCCGGGUCGCCGAGUCCUCGACGCAGACGGCCCCCUUCCUCACGCGACGCGGCGACGUGCUCCUCGAACCCGAGGACGGCCGCAUCGGCGGCAGCCACUCACCGAUCCGAGUCGACCGCGUCGAGGCCGACGUGGAUGUCCACAGACCGUCGCCGCAAGUCGUCGCGUCGGGGUUGCGGGGGCAGUCUGAACCGGGGGGAGAAGAGGCGGGGGAGCCGGCGGAGCCGAGAGUGUCCGGGGAGCAUGCGGAAAAGAAGGAGGACACCGCGGGGUCGGAGCCGGGGUCGGGGCCGAACCCGGACUACCUGCCCAAGUUUAGGGCCGACUACGACGCUGGUGAAUGGGUUGACCACUAUUGA